AUGUGCAUCGGCAUCAACCCCGCGAGUAAAGCAAAAGGUUCAUGCGGAAAAAAGUCAAGUCGAGUCUACGAUCCCCCACCACCUUAUCCAUCCCAAGAACGACGCUCACGCGCGACUCGACAUAGUCGGAGGCAUCGCUUACCAGCGCCAUUAUCACCGCAGCCUCCACCAGAUUCAGAUCCUACUUCGGGAUAUAUUUCCCCUCAAUUAUCAGUCUCAACUCAUUCGUUCCCUCGGACUGAGGAUGCCACAGAGCAGACGCCACUACUUGGUGAUUUUCUGCCAGGCUCCGCCCAACGUUCGUCGGGGCGCCAGAGGACAUAUUCGCAGUCGAGCACAAUUGUUUCGUCCAAUUCGUUUGCGCCCUCUCUAGCGCAAACAGUGUUAUCCCUGCUCCAUUCUGAUCCAGAUAUCGAAUCUGACGUUGACAUAUAUGAGGCGAUCGGGGAUGACCGUGACUACCCGUAUGCACACGAUGGUCAUCCGAGGCGUCAGCAACGUCCCGGCGCACUAACAGAAUCACAAUUUAGAAGCUCGCACCGGUGGUCACCGUUUUCGCGGCGCUUCUGGUCUCGUUACUUCCGACCCAUGACUCUUAGAGCAUACCAUGCAGCCGUAUUCCAUCUUCUAGUGCUCAAUUUUCCCUAUGCCCUACUUGCAUGGGUUUACCUUUUUGUAUUUACUUUGACUGGUACAACACUAUUAAUUGCCUUACCUUUGGGUGCUCUCCUAUGUUUCCUCAAUUUGCUCGGUGCCAGGGUAUUUGCAAGGGGAGAACUCGGUCUCCAAACAACAUUCCAUGGGCCUCUUGCUUACCCACUUCCCCAUCCGCCCCUACCAAUCUUCCAGCGGGUGCGACCACCGCAAUUGUCUGGCCCAAAAGCCCUCUUACCUCCGUUAUUCGGCCGCCCAUUGUUGCAGUUCACGGAUUGGACAUCCUAUCAGGCGUUAUUUUAUUUUUUGGUUAUCAAACCAAGUAUCACUUUGUUUUUAACCAUCCCUCUGCUGGUAGUGGUCCCUGUGUCGUAUGUGUUGGUGUUUCCCGCCCCAAUAGUUCUUAGAAUUGUUCGCAAGCUGGGAAUAUGGCAGGCCAAUGUUGCUGUAGAAGGGUUAUACUUGGCGGUGUCGUGA